AUGACCAGCGACGAUGACAUCAGCAAUACCCGUAAAUCGCUAGCACAAGCUCAGCCGCAGGAGAAGCGACUGAUAGAAAGAGAUGAGAAGAGGAACUACUACUACUACUAUAUAAAUAUAGUGAUGCUGCGGAACCCUAUACAAGUCAAUCAUUUGGAGUGGCGUAAUUCUGUCCCGAAUCUUGCAUCCGGAUGUGUAGCCGAUGGCGCAGUCUUCUCUCUCCUGGUCGAAGAUCCACGGAUUUCCAGGCCACGUUUUAGAAAAGUACCAGUUGUCGAGUCCUCUACAUCCACAACGGCGUCGUUUUCCCCUCCACAGUCAUCCUUUUGGAAUAAGGACGCCCGGUUGAAAGCUCUAUCAUGCCGAAUGACCGAUUCGGAAUUGAAUACUCUGAAAGGAAAAUGUCUUGGUCAAAUCAAAGAGACUGAAGCUAAGAUUCCCGUGCUAGUUGUGUUCCGAAGCGGAGGAUCUGGCCGUGCUGAUACUCUUUCCGGAUGUGAACUGAUCGUCCCCUGUGGAUUUGGCAUGUAUAUAAUUUGUUUUGUGGCUUUCUUCUUACGAGACAAUCCAUUAGUCCGCUUUUAUUGA